AUGAAUUCACCCGGUUUUUGGAACAUUUUUGCGUCGCCCACAUUGAUAGGUUCCAUCCCGGCUCCCGUGAUCUUGGGUGGCAUCAUGGACGAGAUGUGCCUGGCUUGGCACCGGCCAUGCGGAUCGAGUGGAAACUGCAUCGCCUACCAGAACGAAGACAUGGCCCGGGGCAUGUUCUACGCGCUGGUCGCCAUGCUCUCGAUGUCCACGCUGCUCUUCUACCUGUCUCUCCUGGCGCACCGCCGCAGAGCCCGAAAGCGCGAGGCUGCCAGGUCGAUGCAGGCCCUGUUCAUAGGGUCCGGCAUUCACUCGAUCGGAACCCCCAAGGACACUAACGACGUCUCGUCUCCAAUUUCGCGAUGA